UUAUGAUGCUUGCCUUGCCAACCGUCUGCUCCGCGGUCUUCCUCGUCAUAGCAACCGCGCCAAGGGGGACUCGAAGCCAAAUCAAACCCUUCUCUUCGCGGUCUAAGCAACAGGAAGAAGAAAGGCGUCGAUAGCGGACGCGACAAAAUCAGUCCUUUUUUCGUUUUCAUCCCCCUCGAUCUCGAAUCGGACCGACGAGUUCUCACUUCGCGAUCCAGAUGUCUGCCGCGGCUAUCGCCUGCAGUAGAGGCGCCGCCGCGUUAGGGUUUCGUUGCAGAACGCUGAUGCGGCUGCCGGCGGCGGAAGUCGGGUGCCCUUGGUCCAAUUUGUCGCUGCUGCAGCGCUUCUCUUCGCAACUCGCUAAGAGCAACGGGAGUAGGGCUUGCCUUAUCGACACGCUCGCUCUGGUCAGGAGGUUGGAGAAGGAAGGCGUCCCGACGAAGCAAGCGGAGGCCAUCACAUCGACCAUCACGGAGGUUUUGAAUGAGAGCUUGGAGAAUGUCGCCCAGUCCUUUGUGUCGAAGCCUGAGAUGCAGCGGAGUGAGAUGAUUCAAGAUUCUAAUCUCUCAAAAUUCAAGUUGGAAAUGAAGGGCUCGCAGGAUCAUCACUUUGCAUUGCUGCAACGAGAGACUGAAAAACUUCGAGUUGAUAUCGAUAAAAUGCGUAGUGAACUUAGAUAUGAAAUUGACAAGGUAACUGCUGGGCAACGCUUGGAUCUAAACCUCGAGAGAGGGCGUAUACGUGACGAGUUAGCCAAACAAAAUGCAGAAACCACAGAACUUACUACCAAACUCGACAUGGAAAUCCAUGCAUUAAGGGCACAGUUAGAGGCAGCAAAAUACGAUGUCAUAAAGUAUUGCAUUGGUACUCUUGUUUCCAUAUCUGCUGUUGGUCUAGCUGUAGUGCGCAUUCUGAUGUAAAAGCCAUUCUUCCCUUUGGCAAACUAGAUGUAAUAGUCUUUUGGCAACUUUGAAUUUCCAUCAUUCUUAUUAAUAGUGUUUUGAUGAAGCAAAUUGAAAUCUCUUGUAGCACUCAAUUUGGAUUAUUUCACUUAAUAACAUUCAAUUUCAGUUUUGGCCA